AAAGUCUUUUCAGCAACCUGCGUGAUGGAUCUUAACAGAGCCGAGACUUUCGACGGCAAAGAAUUUCCCCUGAAGUUGAGCAGCUGCUGGCAGGUUCUAAUGACCACAUAUCCCAGACUGAAUCCCAGGAAGCCCAGCGAGAAACUCGCGAUGUCGGAAGACGAAAGCGUGAGCAUCCUCGCCCGAGAGAUCAACGGACAGAAGGAAGUGAAGGUCAUACUCGGCCAAAACGAGAUUCUGCUACUGCCCGGCAGCGAGCUACCCGAGGUACUGGUGAACGGUCAGAAGGUCCCAGUUUCUGGUACAGUUACUCACCAAGUGCGACAGGAUGACGAAGUCGUCUUCGAGAUAUUCCAACGUGGAAGUCACUAUAUUUCAGUGGUAUCGGAGGAGUACGAUGUGACACUCACUUACGAUGGAAAACGCCUUAUGAUCGAGGAACCUGAGAUGUUCAGCUACUCCCUUCGAGGACUUUGCGGCAAUUACGACGGCGAUUCAGAAACUGAUUUCAUGAGUCCUGAUAAUUGUCCGCUGACGAAACCCGAGGAGUUCAUCGCCAGUUACACGCUCACCAAGGAGCAGUGCGAAGGAGAGAACCUGCAGAAGGUCAAGUUCUUGCAGAAGGCAGCGUGUGCAACGAUCUCCAGGCGUUAGACGUUUUAUCGAGCCUGCAACCUCGAGAAGGAAGAUGACCAGAAAAUUUUAUCGCUUCCUCUUGUGUGACACCAAACAGCUACUUGUUUUAGUCGUAGUUCAUUUAGCGCGUAUGCAUCUAUAAAAUUUGUAGAUAUUAUUUUUGAUAAAUUCAUCUUUUCUUCAAA